AAAGAGAAUCUGCGUUAUUUUUUUCUACAUAUAAUCUGCCUGAACUGACAACAUUUGGCUUUGCAUUUCUGGCUUUUCAGUAUCUUUGGAUUCCCAGGUAGCUAUGCCCAGUUCUUCCUGUUUCCAUUUCUGUUUUUCAAGGAAACAGUACUGAAAGCUACAGAAUACAUUUGCACUCUUUAAUAUCAGUUAGUUUUGGCAUAUUUUUGAGGAAUCUCUUAUCCAUCAUCUUCUAAACACAAGGCCUAAUUAUCCCAGGGAAUGGAUACCUCACCUUCAAAACAAUAUCCUGCGAAAAAACGAGUGAAAAUUCAUCCUAACACAGUGACAGUGAAAUAUAGUUCCCAUUAUCCACAGCCUGGAGAAGAGGAGUAUGAAGAAGCUAAUGAAGACAAUGAGGGUUUUUUAGAAGAUAAUCCAAAAAGAAGGCUGCUAAGCAAUGGGCAACGGAGAGGAAGGUCCUUCUUUGGAACUAUUGACAUCCCAUCUCAAGGAGGCCAAAAGCCAGAAGACAAGAAGAGUGAACAAGAACAAGGUUUUGUAGAUGGAAACAUUUUUCAGUCUAGAAAAACUUGGGCUGUACUUUUUGGAUCUGCUUUGGCUCAUGGUUGUGUAGCCCUGAUAACAAGACUUGCUUCUGAUCGUUCCAAAGUGCCAUCUCUAGAACUAAUCUUCAUUCGUUCUGUUUUACAAGUGUUUUCAGUGUUAGUUGUGUGCUACUAUCAUGAGGACCCUUUUGGACCCAAAGGCCACCGACUGCGGUUGUUCUUCUAUGGAGUGUGUAAUGUUAUUUCUAUUACCUGUGCUUACACUUCUUUUGCAAUAGUACCCCCAAGUAAUGGGACUACUAUGUGGAGAGCUACCACCACUGUCUUCAGUGCCAUUUUAGCAUUUUUACUAGUAGAUGAGCGAAUGGCUUAUAUUGAUAUAAUCACAAUUAUAGGUAGCAUUGUUGGUGUUUGCUUAGUCAUGAUCCCCAACAUUGCUGAUGAAGAAAAUUCUGUCUUGAAUGCCUGGAAGGAAGCCUUUGGUUAUACCAUGACUGUUAUGGCAGGCUUAACUACAGCUCUCUCAAUGAUAGUAUACAGGUCCAUUAAAGAUAAUGUGAGCAUGUGGACAGCACUGUUUACUUUUGGUUGGACUGGAACAGUCUGGGGUGCCUCCACUAUGUUUUUUCUUCAAGAGCCAAUAAUUCCAUUGAAUGGAGAAAGCUGGAGCUAUCUCAUAGGAAUCUGUAUAUGCUCCACAGUGGCUUUUCUGGGUGUCUAUUAUGCUUUGAACAAAUUCCAUCCAGCCUUGGUCAGCACAGUGCAGCAUCUGGAGAUUGUGAUAGCCAUGAUCCUUCAGCUUCUUGUGUUACAUAUCUUCCCCAGCAUUUAUGAUAUGAUUGGUGGUGUAAUUAUCAUCAUUAGUGUCUUCUUCCUUGCAUGUUAUAAACUAUCAUGGAAGGACUUCAGAAAGCAAGAUUAUCAAGAAAUACUAGAUUCUUCUAUUAAAUGAAUAGAAAUUUGUUGUAUUCUGUUUACUGCCAUGUAGAAUUAAUCUGUGUUUAUGUAUGUCUUUUGUAUAGUGUUGUUGACAGUAUACUGCCAUUUCAUGUUCUAACAUAACAUCAGCCCUAGUAUAACUCAGUGGAGUGCCACCAGAAAUUUCUAUUCUAGAAGCUUUGUGUGAAAAAUGUCUUUAAAUGUGGAAGCUGUGAACAUUAGUAUUCUCAGGCAGUAUAGAGGAAGUGCCAAUAUUCAAUAUACAGAAUUCUGUCCUAGGAGUUCUCUGAUGGGAGUAUAAUAGACAUACUUGAGGGUGUUUUAAAUAAUAGAUUUUUUAUCCACCAGUGCGGAGCAGCCUGUUGCAGUAUUUAAGGCAAGGGAAAUAUGGCUAUGGAAAAAAAUAACAGCAAAAUGAGCCCCUUGAUUUCCUGGAAUAAAGAACCAUACUUAAACUAGAGAAUUCUUCAGAGUUUGUGCCUAUAUUAGAUGAUCUGGUGCAUGCAAGAAGCAUACAGAUCUCACCUGGCUUCUUGAUCUUCAGCUCUUCCUUUUAUCAGAGCUCACUAUUGCGGCCAAUGUUGAAUUACAGCUUGAGAAUUUUCUAUAGGUUCAUGUAUAAAGAACAUGCAAUUGCAGAUGGAUAUGGACUUCCAAAAGAGGAUUAUUGUUCAUAAGAAUUAUAUACUAUACUUGUUUUUAGUGUACAAUGUUUUAGAAAUAAGAAUUUCAAGGUGUGUGUACUUAUUAUGAUGAUUACAAUUAAUCUCUGAUAAAGUAAUCUAAUGUUAACUGUUAAAACACCAAGGCCUUGCCUAUAUUGUCUUCUUAAGAGUAAUCCGCAUGCUGUUUGUAGCAACUGCCAACAUCCCAAGCCCCAGUCACAUGCCCAGCAAGAAUUUGCAGGAAUAGGCAACAGAGCAGACACAAGACACAGAAUAAAUACUUAAUUUUAAAACACUAUAAAAAUAAAGGCUUUAACAGCCUACUUACAACAGCAAGAUCAUGGACCUGUCACACAGUCCUGGAAAGGUGAUGCAAAGCUUUGCAGCACCACCAAAAGUGUUAAUUUAAUUAUGGCAAAUAGCCAUUAUUAAGAGCCCAAAAAACCCACAACAACCAUUAGAUCCCAGAUGUGAAAGCCUUUGCGAAUAUACAGUAUCAAAUAGCCAUUAAAUUAAAGGACUUUAAAAGUG